AUGAACCAACUUACUAGUUCGCUACCUAAUUCUAGUUUUGAUAUUAGUUCACUUAAAAUUCCUAGCAAUAUUAUCCUAGCGGAUCCCAAGUUCUAUGAACCGUCUCAAAUUGAUAUGCUCAUCGGUUCGGAUCUGUUUUGGGACAUAAUCGGCUCUGAGCAACAGUCAUUGGGCCCAGGGUGUCCUAGAUUACACAGUUCAAAGUUGGGCUGGCUUAUUGGUGGUCCUGUGCCUUUGUAUAGCAAGGAAACUAAUAAUAAUGUAAAGUGUAAUACUGUUUUUACUAAUUUUGCACAAGGUAAUGAUGAUCCUUAUACUAAAAUGAGUAGGUUUUGGGAAUUAGAGGAGAUUCCUUCUAAAGUUCAUUUAAAUGACAGCGAGCAGGCAUGUGAAAGGCAUUUCGUGCAACACACCCGUCGCUUGUCCAAUGGUAGAUUCUGUGUGAGACUUCCUUUGUUUAAAUCACCCGACUGUCUUGGUGAUUCACAUACCAUGGCCAAGAAAAGAUUUUAUAAUUUAGAGAAGCGCUUUAAGAGACAGCCUGAGGUCAAAUCUCAGUAUAUAGCGUUUAUCCGGGAAUACGCAGAAUUGGGUCAUCUCUCGGAAGUAACACUCGAUAGUCCUACAUUGAAUUUAUGUUACUACUUGCCUCAUCAUCCGGUGUUCAAAGAGAACAGUGAGUCAACCAAAAUAAGGGUGGUGUUUGACGCAUCUGCUCGCACCUCUUCCGGCGUAUCUGUCAAUGACAUACAGAUGGUUGGGCCUCAAAUUCAAGACUCUUUGUUUUCCAUAUUAGUUCGGGCUCGCCUGUACAAGUACAUCCUGACCGCGGAUAUAGAAAAGAUGUACCGGCAAGUUGUGAUAGAUGAGUCUGAUCGCAAUUUACAACUUAUCUUAUGGAGAGAAGAUGAGCGUGAGCCUCUCAAAACACUGAGACUUAAUACUAUUACUUACGGUUUCGCAAGUGCUAGCUAUUUGAGCACGAGUUGUCUUUGGCAGCUGGGGGAGGAGUGCGAGGAUCCACUCACGAAAACUAUUUUACAACAUGACCUUUACGUGGAUGAUCUAAUUACUGGCUGCAAUGACGAAUAUGAAUUGAAAUGCAUUCAACAAUCUGUCUCGGAGGCCUUAAAGGCAGGAUGCUUUAAUUUACGCAAAUAUAAAUCGAACUCUCUUUUAGUUCUGCAGUCCUGUUCUUCAAGCUCUUCUGAUAAACUGGUUUUAAGUGAGUCUGCCAGCGCUCUCGGUUUAGGGUGGGACUCAGCAACAGAUUGCUUAUUUUAUUCUUUUGACAUGCCUCCUAGUACUCAGAAAAUAACUAAGCGAUUUAUAUUAUCGACAUCUUUUAAAAUCUUUGACCCACUAGGUUUUGUGUCCCCCUGUAUAAUUAUCCCUAAAUUAAUUAUGCAGCAGUUAUGGCUAGAUAAAGUUGAUUAA